AUGCGAGAUCAAUGGUCCAACGCCUACGGCAUGCACGGCUAUGAGAAGACAGACCACACACCACGGCUUCAAACCUCUCUCGAGUUCGCGAACCCCCCUCCGCCUUAUGAAUUCUUCGGCGCCGGACGACAGGCGGAUGUGCGGCCGUCCAGAGCUACCGGCACUAGCGGCGGCGGCGGCGGGCGAUGUUUCGGCAGGCUCGGGGGGGGGUGUUGUUCGACCUUGAGCGCGGCCGAGCUGAACGUUAACGUUAUCAACAACAACAAGAACGGAGUCGCGCCGGUGCGGAGGAGCAGCAGGGAAGCGGAGGGGCACGCGGCAAGAGGGGGAGGGAGCGCGUCGUCGGCUCUCUGCAUGUCCGCCGCCAGCACGGGGACAGCGGCUAACGACAUCACCAAGGCGGUCGACAACGCGAAACGUCUGACUGAGGGAGACUUGGCGAAUCUCGAGUUGGCGAAAGGGCCGGCAGAAUUGAGUCGACGUCGUGCGGUUCUCAACCAGGCCUACCAAGAGUGCGAGCGUAUCACGGGAAUAUUCGCCAAGACCUUUUACCUCGGGACCAAGUUCAUGUCGCCAGUGGCACGCAAGGCGGUGUGGGCUAUCUACGUGUGGUGCAGGCGCACCGACGACAUCGUGGACGGGCCCAGAGCCAUGGUGCGCGGCAAGAAGAGCAUGCAGAAGGACUUGACAGACUGGGCGACCCGGCUGGAUAACGUGUGGGAGGGCAAGCCCAGGGACGCGUUGGACCUCGCUCUGGUUGACGUGAGGGAGAACUACCCCACCCUUCCCAUCGCUCCGUUUAAGGACAUGAUCGACGGCAUGAUCAUGGACGUCCCCGGUAUCGGCAAGAACCGCUACCAGACCUUCGAAGAGCUCGAGCUCUACUGCUACCGCGUCGCGGGAACCGUGGGGCUGAUGGUGCUGCCCAUCCUGGGGACGGCGGACGGGGUGUCCGAGGAGGACGCGAAAUUUCCGGCGCUGUCCCUGGGCAUCGCGCUGCAGCUGACCAACAUCCUGCGGGACGUAGGAGAGGAUGCCGUACGGGGACGCAUCUACCUUCCGCUGGAGGACCUGGAAAAGUUCGGCGUAGAUCCCGAGAACAUCAUGAACGGCAUCCUCGACUCCAACUACAAGGAUCUCAUGCGCUACCAGAUCGCCCGCGCGAGAUUCUACUACAAGCAGGCGGCCAGGGGGAUCCCCAUGCUGUCCCCGGAGGGACGCCUGCCGGUGCAGGCUUCUCUGGACAUGUACGGUAAGAUCCUGACGGCGAUCGAGGGCAACAACUACGACAACUUUCGCAAGCGCGCGUACAUCUCCAAGACGGAGAAGCUGCUGACCCUGCCCUUCUCGUACGCCAAGUCCCUCAAUCCGGGCGAGAUCAACACGAACAUCGACGACAGCGAGUUCAAGUUGACCCGGUUCGACAAGCUGGAAAUGGAGCGCGAGGCCUUCCCCACGGGAGAAGACGACCAAUUUUAAGGGAUGGAUACUGUGUCACCGCCUGGGAGAAAUAAAACAAAACGCCGAAAUUGGACGAUGGGAGGGGGGGGGGGCAUCCGAAGAGAGGGAGGGGCGUGCGCGGCGGGGGGGGUAUACUCAUACUCAUAGUCGUGCAUGACGUUGUCGUUAGAGCAUUGACCUCGGCGUGCGCGGCGCGGGGGGGGUCCUUUUUACCAUAUCGAAGAGGCGUUUCGUGCACCAGGGCCGAGGAUGGGGAGGGGGUUGGGGGCUAAAAACCUUGAAUUGACGAAGUACGUCACUUCUCUCGCUACUUCCUCUGAUCGAUGUAUGAGAAUGUUGUCGGACGCUCGACCUCGCUGUCUGGGAAUCGAUUGUUUUGUUCCAGGCUGUGGUUUAGACGAAGGUAGCACAGAAGCGUUCGUGAACACGGGGCGGUGGAUUGUGCUGGAAAAGCCCGGGGCUUAAAGGUCGAAGAUAAGGCACUGGCUUGGUGUUGUUGUUUCGCGCAACGGGCAGGAUGAUCAUUCUAAAAUUUCGGCGCGAUUUUUUUUUUUUUCAUUCGUUGUUUGGGGACGUUUUUUUUGCCUUUCUCUCACAUUGGGUUACUCGUGUUGUUGCUGUAGAGUUGGGCAGGAGAUCUGUUUUUGUGUGUUUGGUUCCAGCUGGGGAGGAACCUCAAGCAUUUUGUGCAUGACGAUACUUACUCGCGAUCUGAUUGGAUGCAGCAGUAGUUUUGAGAGAGGAGGGGAAGGUGUUGGCACAGGAAAGCGUGGGCGCUUUUGUGUUAUGCAUACGUGGAAUUUAUCUGUGCAAACAGUAGGUCGUUAUCUGCUCUUCUUUUGGUCGAUUGCUACAUGUACCGCGAAAUAUAUCACCAUACACCAUACCUGAAGACACUUUCGUUCAUUGAUUCUGCAUCUUGCAAUAACGUGCGCGGUUGAUGCGGCGGUGAACAACUGCUGCUAUGGAAAACUAUUCAGAGGCCCUGUAGACCCUUGUUUGGGGGUCCGUUUCAUGUGCUAGACGAAGGACGUAGGAAAUUCAUCCGCCCACCACUAUCUCGAAUUCUCGGCAAAGAGGGUGGGGGAGGGGGACAGAUGAAGACUAAAUAGCUGGCUUCGAACCGGUGCAAAAAGUGAGCCAGACCCGUUCCUCCGGGAAAGAUUAAGGGCUGUGCUAUCACACGCGGUGUGCGUUUUGCGAUUUUAGAGUAUGCUUUUGAUGACUUGUCCCGGCGAUCGCUCGAUUGAAACUGGCCGUGUUCGCUGCGUGGAAACGAUUAUGAUCGUGGAGGGCGCAGGAGGUCAGGAAAGUCUAGACUAUAGUGGCACUCGUGUAGUUUGUGCGUUUGCCAUGUAGAUAGGCUGAGUCCACGCUGUUGUGCGCAUUUUGACGGACCACCGUGUUUUCUGACGACCAAAGCGAUGACGCUUUGGGGAGACGAAAAUGACAAGUGCUGUGCUCACCACAUCCACCCUUGGCCGCUGCUGCAAGCCAUCUAAUCUACAGCAAAACCCUCGCGACUUUAGUUCAUGUUUCCUCCA